AAGAGAAAAAUCUCGGGUUCAUCACUUCGUUUAUUGGAAUAUAAAAUUAUUUGGAGUGGGUAGUAAUAGUUUUUGUAGAGCUGUGAAGGGCUGUAGCUUACGUUUGGAGCUGCAAAAAUUUUAGCCAUCACGAUGCAAUAGGAAUGGCUACUGGCUGGGCGGUAGGCAACAAUCAUCCAGCAGUGAUCAUAACAGGAAGAAAGAUAAGGGCAAUUUGUACCAAUUCCAUGUUUUACCAAGGCAAUGACGACAGGGUAGAUGAAAUCAUCGAUAAGGUUUGUGGAUUACUCUCUAAACACGAAGACGAAGCAAUUGUCUAUGCUCUUUCUCAACUUCUGUCUGAAAAUCCUCUGCAUUUUAACAAGAAACAUAAAAUAUUAAUCAGACUGGAACCUCAGCACGUCCAACAGGUUUUAGUGGAAAGACAGACAUCCAUUAACCCCACAACAGCUUUUCACUUGUUCUCCUGGGCCGCCCACCACCAAAGUUUCUGCUUUAAUAUUAAAUCUACCUGCAUUCUGGCCCAUGUUCUUCAAAGGGCAAAUAUGUUUGCUCAUGCCACUUCUGUUUUAGGGCCUUUAAUCAACCCUAGCACACCAAUUCAAAGACAUACGGAAAUCUUCAACACUUUUAUUGGGGUAUGCAAUAAUUCCUCAAGUGAGGGUUUUGAUUUAUUGAUUCAUAUUUAUUUGAAAAAGAAGAUGCUUGAUCAUGGCGUCGAUGCAUAUUUUUCUUUAAGGAAUCAUGGUAUCGUGCCGGGUCAGUCCAUCUGUAAUCGACUUGUUAUUGGUCUUUUAAAAUCAAAAAAUAAAAGCCUGGCAUUCAAAGUAUAUGAAGAUAUGCUUGAGGCAGGGCUAAGGCUUGAUGUUUAUGCUUUUAAUGCAAUCAUAAAUGCUUUCUGCAAGGAAGGAAAAAUUGACAAGGCCAAAGAAAUGUUUGUCAAAAUGGAAGAGGUGGGUUCGACACCAGAUGUUGUUACCUACAAUAUACUCAUUCAUGGUCUCUGUGGAAAGGGAAGCCUCGAUCAGGCCUUUAAUUAUUAUAAGAAAAUGCAAGCCGGGGGUUUAGCUCCUGAUGCCUUUAUAUACUCAACCCUCAUAAAUGAGCUUUUCAAGGCCUCAGAAUAUGACAAGGCAAGAUCAUUAGUGCAUGAGAUGUACUGUAAUGGGAUAGUGCCCUGUGCAGUCACCUAUAAUAUUUUAGUUGCUGGCUAUAGCAAGGAGGGCAAGAUGGAAACUGCUGCAGGGAUUUUUAAGGAGAUGUUGUAUAGGGAUAUGAUGCCACGUGAUUCAACUUGUACAAGAUUGAUUGAUGGACUGUGUAAGGCAGGAAAUGUGGAAGAAGCAUUGGAUCUAUGCGAUACGAUGUUGAAGAAAUGCAUCCUACCAAAUACAGUCACAUUCAAUUCACUUCUCAAUGGUCUUUGCAAGGCCAAAAAGAGCGAGCAAGCUGAGGUACUUUUUCUGGACAUGGUUGGGCGAGGCUUUGUUCCUGAUGUUUUUACUUUCAACACUCUUAUAGAUGGCUGUUGCAAGGCGGGAAACACUUUCAAAGCUUUUACCUUUAAGGAAUAUAUGAUGGAAAGGGGUAUUCACCCUAAUGUUUCAACUUACAAUACUCUUAUCAACGGUCUAUGUAAGUCAGGGAAGGUAUGUGAGGCCAAUGCAUUAUUAUUGGAAAUGUCGGGAAGAAAUUUGGAGGCUGACGUAGUUACUUACAGCACAUUGAUAUAUGGUCAUUGCAAGUUAGGUGACAUAACUGAAGCGAAGAGGCUCCUUGAUGAGAUGAUACAAAUUAAUUUGAUGCCAAACAUUUCAACAUACAAUGCUCUAAUUGAUAGGCUCUGCAAGGACGGGAAUUUGGAAGAGGCUUUCAAGCUUAGGGAUGAAAUAUCAGGAAAAGGGUUGAUGCCAAAUACUGUAACAUGUUCUAUGAUUGUUCAUGGUCUGUGCAGCAAUGCUCGGAUGGAAGAAGCAAACACUUUCUUGAACAGCAUGCGGAACAAUGGUUUCUUGCCCAAUGCAGUGAGUUAUAGAGCACUUAUCCAAGGCUAUUGCCAAAAUGGCAGGAUUCAGGAUGCACACAAUGUCUUGAAAGAAAUGGAAUUGUGGGGUUUAGUCCCAGAUAGAAAUACUUACAGAAUAUUGAUCAAUGCAUAUUGCAAAGUAGGGAAUAUGCAGCAAGCUUUGAUGGUGCAAGAUCAUAUGGUCGGAAAAGGUGUUCUUCCAGAUGUUUUUAUUUACAAUGUACUCAUCAAUGGGUUUUGCAAAGAAGGGAGUUUUAGCAAUGCUUUUAAACUAUAUGAUGAGAUGGUUAAUAAAGGUAUCAUUCUGGAUGAAGUUACCUACAACAUACUAUAUUAUGGGCUGUUGAAGUUGGGAAAAGAGGAGGAAAAUUGCGAUCUCAGGAAAUGAUGGACAGGCGUUGGGUUUCUAGUUGUUGAUGGAUGCAAAGCAGACACCAUUCAGAAUGGUUUUGACUUUUAAAGAUUAUAAAAUAAGUGAGAGAAAAUAAACAAGGAAUUGCACAUACUGAGUGCACUUCAGCAAGAUGUGUCUCAGACUUAGCAUUCGAUGAAAGAUCUGCUGAGCUUCAGGCUAAUUUAUGGGAGCUGAACAUUUGAAUGCAAGAUCCUUUCUGCUCUCUUACUAUAAUGCAAUUCUUUUUGAAUUUUCCUUAUGACAUAUAUAUAUUUUAUCUAUAAUAUGUCACAACACAUAGCAGAAGGAAAUCUUCACUUUGAAGCAUUGCCUUAUAAGAUGAUCUUUGAUUAGCGAAAAGAGCAGCUGGGAGUACAGAAUGAAAAUCUCAAGAUUGUCAGAGAUUUGGGAAAGAAAGUUUACAAUGUCGAAGAUUCUAAAACCUGUUAAUGCUACCUGAGCAGUAAACAGGAGGUUCAGCUGGGAAGGGAGGUUAACACAGAGGUCACCAAUCAUAAUUUCACUGAGACUGACAAGUACCUCCAGCAUGAAUUCUAGGAAGCAGUGCCCGGAAUGUCUGUAAUCAAGACUAAGAACUAAAAUUACAGGCAAAUGUUAUCGAAAGGAUGGUAAAAUUUCAGUAGAUAUUAAUCAAGUUCUUUGUUCCUUGUAUUUUUGGAAAGUGAAACUUAUUUUCUUUCAAAAAGUAAAAUACUUUUUGGAUUCUGCCGUUGUCCAGAAUUCUUUCCAAUUUCCUAAAAUGUCUUAUGUCGUAAUUACACCAUAUACACUGUAUAUUGGAGAAGUGACCCAGAGUUAACAACUUUUUCUAUCAAUCAAUAAAUAUAAAAUAUAAAAUGCCUUUAAUAAUCACUAUAUUAAAACUGUCCUAUCUACAACCCUCUGUGAGUGAAUUUUGAAAAUAAAGUUAAGUGGAACAACUGCUUCUGGAUUAGAUUGUGUGUUAAUUUAGCAUCAAUGUUUUGGAUCAUACUUCUGAUCCAUCAUCAGAAUGAUUGAGUGCUGUCAGAGUAUAAAUGGAUAAGUAGCAGACCAGGACAGCUUAAAAGAGAGGGGAAGAAGAAGGCGAGACAGGGAACAAGGUCAGAAGGAAGAAAAAAAUAAGUGACCUUCUGACCUCGCUCCCUGUGUCACCUCCUUCUCCCCCUCUCUUUUAAGCUGUACUGCCUUGCUACUUAUUCAUUUUUGACGAUGGAUCACAUAGUGUGAUCUGAAAUGUUGAUGCAAAAACUAUAACACAAUCUAAUCCAGAAAUAAUUGUUCCAAUUUCAUAGAUUGUGGAAAAUUAAUAUCUUUAAAAAGGUUAACUACUAGAGUUGACUAUGUUAUACUAAUGGUGAAGGCAUGUAUUCCUGGAUGUCACAGGUUCGAAUCUGGAGGGGGUAGAGUUGCACAUAUCAAUGAUAUCAUUGAACAAUAGAUAAGGUAAAUUAAAAAAAAGACCUCCUCUUGUGGAACGUUUGCAUAAGGGGGGUUACACACACCAAAAAUUUUCAACUUGUGUUCAGAAUUCUUUUAAGGGCAGUCGAUAUGGUUGAGCAUCAGCGGAUCAAAUACCAUUUCCUAACAGAGAUUGAACAAUGUACUAUUUUUUAAAGUGAACCUCCGGUCCAUUCAGGCGCACAAUAAAAAAACUGCAUUUAUCUUCAGUAUAUAUAAAAAUAUGUUUUACUUUGGUACUGGGAUAGAAGUGGCACUCGAUUUGGAAGGGAUAUUUUUUAUAUGGCAGAAGCUCUGAAAUAUAAUUAAGCAGAGGACUUUUGGAUAUCAUAUGCAUGCACUGUGUUCAUAAAUCAACUUCCAAGAAAAAAAAUUAAUGCAAGAGGUGGUGGCAAUGACCAAAGAUAAGUUGCCCAAUUCUCUUUGAUGCGGCAACUUUACUUCACAGAUGGUAUGUCAAGAAAGAUCUUUGGGAAGAGAUGAGAACAAUCCGGCUGCCGAUGUGUCUCUGAAAUGAUAAUUUGUUCGUAACCUUGGCUUUACCAAUGUUUGGUAUUAGAUUUGGUCUUCCUUGGCAGAUUAGGCGUACAUUGGGUUAUCCCUCGCAUAUAUGCCUGCCGAGGUUGAUUGAAAGAAAUUACAUGGAUCAUUUUGGCUCCAAUGACUUGCGACUGGCAAAGAAACCAUUUGAUCAUAUUCAUUUGUAAAUUUAACCUAUAUUCAUGCGAGUAAUUCAUAUAAUUGUAAUUUA